CAAAGCGUCACUCAUUUGAAUAAGGUGAGUGUCGUCCGCCAUUUUGAAUCCAGGUAUACUUGAUCCAACGCGGAAAAGGUUUGUUUAUGAAGACAAUUAACCUAAUGUGGACUUAAAAUAUUCGCGAGAAGAUAGGUAACCAUGUCGAUGUUAGUACGUGUGACUUUGGCGGUGUUUCUUGGCCUCUGCGCACUGUCAUGGGUCAAACCUGCUAUCGAAACUGAUGCUCCGUUUUCUUGGAUGAGACCGGACAAAUUUGACACUAUAAAUGACAUGUUUUCUUCUGUAACGGGAGAAAAUUGUCGUUCCAAACCAGCCGAACAGUUAACUCUCCCAAUGGAAACCAUAGCCCAGAUCCCAAAGUACAACAAUCUGUUGAGCACUGUGAUCUACUCCAACAGAUCUGCUAUGUUACAUAUGCAUAACAUGGCCCUCAACCGAGCCUACUUCUAUAGUUUUAUUUAUCAGAAAUUAAACAAUACAUAUGAUUUCCGUUACCAGCCAGGCAUAAUGUAUUACUACAUGUCCGCGGCAGCUGAUGUUUCUGCAAGUCCAGGCUUCCUGAACGCUUCUUCCUUGUUUUUUGACUUCAACUGCAGCUACCCGAACUGGUUUUCUACCUUACCUUUUAACAAUACCAUACCGUUUUAUGGACCGAGAGCAUGGAGAGCUGAUGAUUAUAACGAACCAACCAAUUUUCUGCGAGAGCCAACCAACAACACCGUGGACAUUCAUGAUUAUGGAGCAGGAAGAGAUUCCAACUACACAAACUCGGCCUACAAGACCAAUCCUUGGUAUUCCCUCUGGAUGCCAGAUAUAACAGGAGAAACAGACUCAUUGCGAAAGUUUACAUAUUCUGUUGGCAUAAAGUACUCAAAUACUACUGGACACUUCACCAAGGAUGAGUUUGAGGAUACAUCCUUUUUUGGCCCUCCUCAGCCAAGUCAGAGUGAUGGCGAUCAGUCCCUCCCAGUGCUGUUUACAGCCCCUUACUUUGACUGUGGAAGGUCCAACAAAUGGAUUGUAAGUGCCACUGCCCCAGUUGUGGAGUACUUCCCAAGAUAUUCCGCUUACAUCCAUCUUAGAAGACCAAGGUUUGUGGCUGUGUCAACAAUGGACACUGAAUUUGAACGGAUUGACAUGAACCAGUGUCCACUUGCUGAGGGGAACCCUCCGCCCAACUACUUUGCUGGAACAGACCGAUGCAAGAACACUACCAUGUGUGAGCCAAUCAGUGGCUACGGCUUCAAGCGGGGAGGCUACCAGUGUGUGUGUCAACCCGGGUACUACUACCCCUGGUUCCACGAUGGACCCUUCCUUGGAUGGGAGAUUGAGGAGGCCACUCGAGAAGAGUAUGAAGUGGGCUUUGACUGCCUAGCUGUAGAGGAACGUCAAGUCAUCCCUAACGUGAUGCCAGAGUUUGUGGAGAGGAAGAAGAGAUCAGUUUUGUCAAAGAAAACUGAGUUUUUGGAGAUGUCCCUCACAAAAGCUCAGAGUCCCCGACCCAGUCCCCGACAGAAGCGCCACCUAGUUGCACGACUCAAGGACUACAAAGAGAAACUGUUGAGGGAGAAGAGACAUACGCUGGUCGCUCGCAUCAAGAGAGACACAUCGAGCAAGAUACAUCGGAACAAGCGAGAUGCUGUGGAUGAGGUAGCAGUGAUCCGCUUCGAUGACAUUCUGACAAGGAAGUAUCAAACCAAUGCUCAGAACUGCAAGUCCAAGCAGGCUCAUGAGCUGUUCCUUCCUGGAGAUGCUGGCCAUGGAGUAGAGAAGCUUUAUGAGGCUCAAGGUCGCACUGCACUCAGACUGGCACACUUCCUCAGCAACUUCCUGCAGAAUGUAGAUGAAUACGAAGAAUUUGGUAACCUCCGUGGUGACAGACGUCUGAAUGAAACUCAAAUCUUCUCUGAAGUUCUUGCCAAUGUAAUGAGUGACUUCAAGAUAAAGGCCAGUGGUGUCUUCUUUGACAGGUAUAAGUUCCGCAUGUCCCCACCCAUCAACAACACUGACCCCAGAUUUGUGGAUGGUAUAACACGGGAAUUCUUUGGACCCUAUGCCUACAAAAUAGAGUCAAAGGAUGAGGGUCUAGAUUAUUUCAAGGCAAUAGAUUUUGCUGGCUUUGAGGACUAUUACGUUGAUGCAUCCUGGUACAGGGACAUGAAAGCCAGAUGGGCAACCAAUCAGUAUGGUCUGAAGAAGUUCACAGCAAAGCCCAUGAUCAGAUCCAAUCCAGGGGGAACCAGUUCGAUCCGGUUUGAAUAUUACCCUCUGACCUAUCGAGCACCUCGCUAUGAAGAUGGAGAAUGGUUAAGACCACAAUUUAAGUGUGAUGACAUGCUCAAUGACUGGGUGGUCACCUACGUUGUGCCCUUCUUUGGGAAAAACAGUCUGAAGACAAAGAUUGAAUUCAAAGGUGUGGUCACUGUGGACGCCAAGCUUGAUUACCUGGACAUCAACCAGUGCCCCUCGGAGUUCCACAGUGCCAACUCCUUCAAGAACACAGCUCGUUGCCACUUUGAAAGUCAAUAUUGUGUGCCUCUCGAGGGGAAGAAGUUUACACGUGGUGGCUACAAAUGUGAGUGUCGUCAAGGUUACGAGUAUCCCUUCAACGACUUGGCCUGGUUCUUUGAUGGUCAGACCAUGGAGGAGGAAUGGAGGAAGUUGCAGGCUGGACAACUCAACAGAUAUGCUACACUGAAGUGCCGUAUAGCGGGAGCAUCAUCCGUGGCAGCAAGCAUGGUGAUGGUACUGGCCUCGGUUGUCACAGUGUGGACAACCACAUGACCUGGGACUGAAUACUGCACACUCAUAUGAGCAGCAGACCAAGUCCUGCAUCUUUGUUUUUUCCCAAAUGUGUUUUGGACAAAUUCUUCCCUGCUUACUGUAUCUGUUCUUAUUUACUGUUAACUUGCAGUUUUCUGUUGGAUCCUUCCUUCAGCAUUACACCCUACUCUUAGUGUAGCCCAAGAAUUCUGGGACCGCAUCUAGCCCAAUAGAAGCUCAGUCCUAUUCAGUGUUGGAUUUUAUGUGUUUUUAUAAAAGAUUUUAAGGGAUUGACUCCUCCCAAUGUAUUUAUGGAAAGUGCCUUUACUAUGCAUGGCCUAAGCUCUUGAGGAAACAUAUUCCCAAAUUGUACUGAAAUGGGGCUGUUUUUAGGUGAUAGGUAUGUAACAUUUUCUCAAAAGGAAAGGAGUUAUGUGGGACUGUGGAAGUUUUAGGUACUUGAUUUGCUUUGUUGAUAAUGUAUUUCAUUUUUUGGUGAAACUUUUUAUAUAUCUUAACUUUGAUACACAUUCUGAUUUUAAAACUUGUACAUAUGUUGAUUAUGUAUAAAAUGUUAUAUAUCUGAUACCCUGUACAUACAAAACAUGUGAUAAAGAUACCAUGCUCAUUUCAUGCAUGAUCAUGAACAGAUGAUACAAUGUUUCAUGAACCACUGAAUGAAAACAUAUCAGUCCAGUAGGACACCUUGUACAUUAACAUUGAUUGACACUGCACAGAUAUCACAUACCUAUAUAUUUUAGAUAUCAGUUUUAUACACUUGUAAGAUGUUUGAUGUACUGUACAGUAAAAUUUGUUUUUAAUUUCAUACAUUUAGUGUCAUGAAUGUUUCUGAAACAUUCACAUUAUGAAUAGAAGUGUUUGAAAUGUCUUUCCUUAAACUCCUAGUUACACAUUAAUUUUGGACAAUCUUAGAUGUCAACAUGAGAAACAGAUGAGUAAUGCACUUGUUUAGAUAUUUUUGUGAUGGAAGCAUAUAGCAAGCAACCUUUGUGAUUAAAAUCAUCUCUUACUA